AUGGAUGGUGAAAGUUUUGCUGAAAGAUUAAAAAAAUUCAAUCAACAACCAGUCAUGGGCAUUCGGACACCUAAACCACAUAUGACUCAUAGUGUAUCAUCAUUAGAUUCAACUCAACCAGAAAAAUUAGAACGAUCACAACCGAAUGAUUUAUAUCAAGCAUUUGAUGAUACAAAUCCAACAAAAUCUAAUCCUACUCCUUCAUCAUCAGAAUCAUCCAAUGAAAGAACUCUUCCACGUGAUGCAAAAUUAGCUCAAAUUUUUGUUUCAGGUUUAAAGAAAUCAACUGCAACAUUACCUAAAUCAUUUACUAUCGAUAGAAAUGAAAAUAAACAAUCCAAAUCAUCAAAUCAUUUCGAAGACACCACUACAUCUCCUAUUGUUUCUUCAAAUACAACUAUUGAUACAAACGUCAAGAAACCACCCGCAACUUUACCUAAACCACUUCAUAACGAUCAAAAGAAUAAUAAUAAACGGUCCGAAUCAAUAACUAUUGCACAGAAUACAAUUUUAUAUUAUCCCCACCCUUUAGACUCAAACACAUUCACUGAUGUAAAAAAGUCAUCGAUGUUUUUACCUGCUUCAGAUCAAGAUGAGAGACAAGAUUCGUAUGUUUCAUCUAAUUUCGAAGAAGAGAUGCCAUCUUCUGUUAUUUAUACAAAUACAGACAAUUUUAUUAAUACAAAGAAAGAACCUGCAUCUUUACCUAAUUCAGUUAAUCUAGAUCAACGUGAAGAUACUCAUAAUGAUUUCGUAUCGAUUUCACUUGAUACCAUGUUAUCUCCGAAAUGUAUGUUUUACGAAUUCGAAAGUAUGAUUAAUGAUUAUAAACGAAGGGAUCCUCGGACAAUCAUAUAUCGAAAAAUGAAAAUAUCAAUGCCAAAAAUUACAACAAACGAAAUCAAUAUUCUUCAAAGAUAUUCAAAUAAAUAA